CACAUCUUUUAAACAACUUCGGGGGGGGGGGAGACCCAUAAUAUCCAAUAUUUUCCAAACAUUAAUUGCAAAAUAGAUUAUUUGGCAUGAGGUUAUUACAGCCUUGAAUAGGUCAAUAGGUCAAUAAAAAGGGAACAACAAAAAGAAACACAUUAAAGUCAAAGAUCUGUUGUCACUGCAUUUUGCCAAAAGUCAACAUGAAACUAUCAACAUGUGAACAAUAAAUAAAGUCACUGCUAAUAAAAAGCUACAGAAAGUCAGAUUUAGCUGUAUUCAGUCUUGUGUAAAGCCGCAGUGUUCAGCUCCACAGAAUUAACAAAAAAAACUGUGUAAACACAUGUAAACACUGAGAUGUACUGUUGAGGAUCAGAACAGCAGCAGUUGCAGAAAACCUGACAAUAUUCACGUUUCAGGCGAUAAAACCUUUUUCUGUAAAACAUAAACAUCUGUCUCUACCUUUAAAAAAACAAACCAACAAUGAAACGUGUGAAAUGUUUAAAAGAGCUCACGGCGGAGUUUAUUAGAGGUACGAGGCUGUCUGCUCGCGGUCACAAACACAGCGCACAGCCAGCAGAGGGGCGGGGCCGCACGUGGACUGUUUGUCGUGAGGAAAUGUUGAGGAGAUCCCCAUGGCAACCGGGCAGCCGUAGGAGCUCCGCUACCGUAUUUAAAGCAGCUUCAAUGGAGCGGCGCCAGUCUCAGCCGUCCGAAGUCAAGAUGGCCAAUCACGCCAAGCUCUCUCUGACUGUUUCUGCCACUUUGCAUUUCUCUCUGCUGAUCCUCUACGAGCUCCGCGCCGAGAUGGUGGACGCCUGCGAGCACCAGAACCUGACCACCAGCGAACAGGCUGCCCAGCAAAUGCACGAGCUCCGCCCGGCCGCCUCCAGGUGUCUCAGCGCCGAGAAGGUGGAGGCCCGCGAGCGAAAGUUUGACGUCAACCUGAAGAAGCUCGACCUUCAGCGCGACGCCCGCGAGCACCAGGAGCUCACCACCUGCGAACAGGCUGCCCAGCAAAUGCACGAACUCAACGGCCGCGCGCUGUCUCCGUGGCGUUACUACAUAGACCGAAACGACAGCAGGUAUCCACGUGACAUCAUCUUUGCCGAGUGCCUUUGUAAGGGAUGCAUCAUCGACGGGCACGAGGUGAACGACUACAACUCUGUGGAGGUUCGGGCUCCGAUGGUGGUCCUGAUGAAGACCAAGUGUAAGGACGCAGACACAUAUCGAGUCCAGAAGACGCGUAUCGAAGUCCCGGUGGGCUGCACUUGUAAGAGGAAACGACAGCAGUCGUGUGGAUCUACCAGCCUCACGCUGAGAUGAGAUCAGCCUUUGUCUUCUCUGAACGUCCUCGCUCACUUUACUCAUCAGGACCUCAGAAAGGAUAAAUGUACAGCUCCUCGUUGUUAGCCACAUGACGUUGGACCCUGCACUGUUAUUUCGCCCUUUUCCAAAGAUAAACACCUGGAGUGUUAAUCAGCCUUCACUGCACACCGAGAGCGAGCAUCAUGGGGUCCAACAGCUCAAAGCGUCUGAGGCAGAAAACAUUUGAAGGUCCCAAAAGACCAGAGCAGCGAAAGGAAUUUCCUUCUGCUGUGACACUGGUACAACCUCACCCGAGUGAGGAGAAGUUAUUCAAGGAGCUGCAACAAGUGGGGCUAAACUAUGACUGGCUCCUUCAGGGGCACCAAAGUCCCGAAGCUGAAAAAGUACUACAACCGCCGCCAAAUAUUCCACAAGUUAAAACGCAAGAGGAAAAAGGCACGCAAACGGACGAGGGAAGUCUCCUGAAAGAGUCGCCUGAGGAAAAAGGCACGCAAACGGACGAGGGAAGUCUCCUGAAAGAGUCGCCUGAGGAAAAAGGCACGCAAACGGACGAGGGAAGUCUUCCGAAAGAGUCGCCUGUCGCGACCUGGUCUACGGCAGAAAAGCAGAGCAGCGGCAGAGAAUUUGUGGAUGGCAUAAAGGCCGUAUGGACCCCAGGCGAGCUCUACGGUCUGUUAAGAGAUGCUCCUGACCCCAUCAAAACACCGAGCGACUUCCACAGGUGGCUGCGUUUCACCUGCAUGGUGUAUCAGCCGUCUCCUGCUGAGCUCAAAAAGUUGCUGAAGUUAGUUUAUAACUACAAGUGGGAAAAUGUGAAGGAACAUUUUGACUUGCCAGGAGUGGAUGGCGAGGCCAGGUGGCGACGUACUCGUGAUAUGACGGCCUGGCUCGACACACAGUGCGCCACCUCGAUUAAAAAUGCAGCCUGGAAUGACCCUGAAUUUGUGCCCCCCUGGUUGAUUCUUCAGAAACCCGGAGAGUCGGUGACAGAUUUCACUGAACGUUUCCACCGACUGUGGAAUUCCACUAUGAGUGAAGCAAAUGCUUUUCUGUUUAAUCUUCACCUUGUAGAUAAGUUGCAGCCUCAUGUGGCGAAGCUUUUGAAGGAUCAUGUUGAGUGGGAAACUUUUACUUUUUCCAAGAUCAAAUUUAUUUUAGAAAACAUGGAGUUAAAGGGCACGUUUACCUCAAAACAUCAGCCAUCUGUAACUCAUGGAGAGUGGAGAUCAGAUGUGCUGGCACUGCCCGAGCCACCUCGAAGCAGCCAGACUCGCAGGAAUAAGAGAAAAGAUCGCUGCUUUUACUGCAGCAAGUUUGGACACUGGGCCAGAGAGUGCAGAGCCCGACGUCAGUACUCACUCGAGUACAGUUCACAAUGGAUUGUUUUUGAGUGAGUAACUGAGCUUUGUGCUGUUGGAGACUUGUGGAGCAUUUUUAAUGACAUCAUGUGACCAAUAAUAUGGCUGCUGUGAGGUCACUGUACUAACAGAGCGUCCAAGGAGGCGGAGCUCCAGUUUGAAACUUUAGUAAACGCAUGCAAUUUGGCAAUCAAACAAGGAGUGCUGGAUGAUACCUCAGCACACUCCUGAUACAAACAAACGACGACUGUGAAAAGAAUAAUGAUGAAGCUUGAAGCUUGUUACGGUUUCAGAUAUCGAGGAGGGAUACAAAACAACGCUGGUCACCAAACACGGCACACACGCUCCCUUCUCCGCCAACAACAUGUCAAGGGCCAUCUUGUUUUGCACUGCCAUCAACGAGGUCGGACCCAAUUGUUCCGCGAGCCCCUCCAUGGCGUCCCUGGUCAGGUUAGAGAGCCUCAGCACAUUAAAAUGGACAUAGUUUAUGCGGUCAACAUUUUUAUUCGGUGUUAUCCAUGUGAACAUACUUUCAAAUCCUGAAGCUAUUUGGUCUGCUAAUUUAUAUUCAUUGGGAACUCCUAUGGAAUCAAUCCAGGUGGGUGAAUUCAUCGUAGGGUCGUAGGCAUGUGCUCCCUCGGUCCCUCUCUUUGCCAAAAUGUGUCUCUUGCGCCUGGCUGCCAAUGUGCGUGUGUUUCUUUCUGGUAUAACCUUUGCUCUGCCCCCAAUUAGCACAAGUGGAGCUCCUAAUCUCACCAUUGCGCACGUUCCUACACUUCCCAUAGGAACACGAACCAAAAGAGUGUUAUGCCCACAGUAAUAAUACAGCCCACUUCGUGCCCACGGUCCCAUCGAUGUGUUUGUGUCACUGACAUUAUUGCUCCUCCGCUGUCACACAAUCAGCAUCGAUCUCCUCCUAACAAUACACAAGCAGUUGUUUUAUAGCAUCGGGGUAUUAUUACGCACCCUGUUGCGUUAAGCAGAUACCUCACAUGCAUAAGUUUCAAAACCACAAAUGUUCUGUUAACGACUUCUGACACAUUUGAAAAGAACAUUUUCUCCGUCUCCAGAAAGCAGUUACAAGCUUGCAAACUCUUACCUAGAAAUGAGUCUACCUACUAUGUGUGUGUGUGUCUCGACCUCAAAUGCCCUCUGUCUCACCUCGCCAACUAAACUCAUGACCUCUUACCAGACAGAAGCCACUCUCAUAUGUGUAACAACCUAACUGAAACUAUAUACGGAAUAUAUUGAAUAAAUGCUUUAAUCAAAUGCCACUACUCAAAGCUUAAUAAAAAGGAUAUAAACGAAUAAAAGAUAAUAAUGAAUAACAUGGCAUGUAUGUUUUGUAAGCGUGUCCUUCCGUAGCUCUAAGUCACUUACACAAUAGAUGGUCUGGACCUAGCGCCGGACGAAGCUUCUGACCUUCAAUUAACUGACUGAGCUUCAACUCUUUAAGAAGCACAAACUGCAGGGUGUGUAUAAAAAUAGUUAUAACUGCACCUGGAAUAAAGGUUAAUAUGGCGCCUGUAUGUUUAAACAUCUUAAUGCCGUCUUAAAGCCAUCUGUUAUACUGUUAAUGCAAUGUUAAUGCUGUAGAUUAUAUUGUAACAGUAAAAUAAUUUGUUCAAUUCCACAAGCUGAAAACAAAGGGU